UAUUUUCUAAUUUAUGCAUUCGAUUAUUUCUCAUAUGCUUAUUUAGCAUAGGCAAUGAAUGUGUGUCUAUGCAUGUGAUUCAGCUGAUCAGAAACACACACCCACUCAGCUGGUCAGAGUGCAUGUGAUUCCGUAAAUGAUAGUGCACAAUAAGUUCAACAUUUAAAAUUAUUCCCCAAACGACAUAUUCGUCCAUUAAUUCGCACAAGUUUCGAUGGCUCAGGAAGAAAUAGAUUGCAUUUUUUGUAAAAUUAUUAGAAAUGAAGAACCUGGGGAAAAAAUUUACGAGGAUGAUGAAGUUACAUGCAUUAAAGACAUUAAUCCAGCCUCGACACAUCAUUAUUUAAUAUUGCCGAAUAAACAUAUACGCAAUGCAAAAGUACUUAAGUCUGAAGAUUCUGAGCUUUUCGAUAAGAUUGUCGCUACAGUAAACAUUAUAUCAGAAAAGAUGGAUCUGAAUCCAGCAUCUACGCGAACAGGAUUUCAUUGGCCACCAUUUAAUACAGUCGAUCAUUUACAUCUACAUGUUAUUUCACCAAUAGAAAAUAUGAAUUUAAUGAAAAAGAUGAUGUUUCAUCCCAACUCUUACUAUUUUGUGAGUACAGACUAUGUCAAAUCUCGUCUGGAGAAUUGUAAAUGAUGUAAAUGGUGUAUUAUUAUAAGUCUUAAAGUCUACUAUCUACUUUCCUGGCAGCAAUUAAAGAAUAA